AUGAGGAACUGCAUCAUAAAACAAAGUGAUCCUACAAUUGGGGAUUACUUCAUUUGCAUCAGGUGUAAGCAUUUUAUGUUGUCAACAGUUACCGCCGAAGCUCAUAAAAAGUGCACCAAGAGACUGUUCAAAACAUUUGAACCGAAAGAGCAAUUAUACCGAUGCUCGUCGUGUGGUCGCUACUUCGACGAAAUGAGCCCAUGGUAUAAUCACGACAAAUUACACAAGGUGCUUGGAACUUACGAUCCUAGCAAGUUCGUAGUUAAAAUAGACCAAAAUAAUUUUGUUGUCAAUUAA